AUGCCUGCGUACGUCCAGUCUCUUCACGCACCAGGCGACCAAUACAACGGCGGCAACGUCAAGAACCCCUUCGAAGAACGCGUCGUAAACGGCUUCACAGCAUCGGAAAUCGCGACACUACAGAGCAGAUUGAACAAGCAACUGGGGCCUGAAUACAUAUCACAACGACCGGGUAAUGGCGGCGGCAAAGUGGCCUACUUGGAGGGAAACAAGGCGAUAGCGCUGGCGAACGAAGUCUUUGGGUUUAAUGGCUGGUCAAGCUCGCUGGGGCAGGUACAGAUCGAUUACGUCGACGAGCAUCAAAACGGCAAGGUCAGUUUGGGUCUUUCAAUAGUAGUGAGGAUCACACUCAAGGAUGGUACAUAUCACGAGGACAUUGGCUACGGCUCGAUAGAGAACGGCAAAGGCAAGGCGGCAUCUUUCGAGAAGGCGAAGAAAGAGGCGGCAACAGACGGCCUGAAGCGCUCAUUACGCACGUUUGGCAAUGUUCUCGGCAACUGCUUAUAUGAUAAAGAGUAUCUCAAAAAGGUCCAGUCCAUGAAAGUUAAGCCUAUUAAAUUCCAGGAGGACAGUCUCUACCGACAUGUCGACUUCAAACCACCACCCCAGCCUGAAGAGCAAGCCGUGGUCAAGCAGGAACCGCAGCAGACACCAUCCCGACCCAAUCAGAUUCUCCGCACACGUACCGAUCACUUGAACAACGAGUCUUUUGGCGCCGACUUCGACGACGAUGCUGAUGAGAACUUAUUCGAUGGAGUCGACGUAACAGAGGGCCACGGCGACGAAUUUUCGUUCUCAGAGACACUAUCAGCCCCAGAAACCACAGCACCACGCGUUGUCGCAACAGCGAAAUCGAACGGUGUACCAUCUGCUCGCACAUCACCUGUCCGGAAUACAGGGCCUCGUCAACCCAACGGCAGGCCCUCACAAGCCGGACGCGGCCAACCCGGUAUGCAACAGCAGCAAGCGAAUCAAGCACCUGGAAACCCUCCUGUGCAGAACAGCCGACAGCCACAGACUCUGAUUCAACAACAGCCUCGACCUGUGCCCAAUGGCGGUCGUAUGGCUCCACCAGCAAUGGAGAACGGGGCUUCUUCAAGACCUAUAGGACAACAACCACCAAAUCAACAGCCCGUUCCCAAUAAUCAACCUCUCCGACCUACACCACCACAAGCACAUCAGCCACAAAAUCAAGCACGUCCGGGACCCCAAGCAUCAGAAUCGACUACACCCGCUUCGAACGCACCUCCUCCUAAUCAUCGACCCCCUGUAGGCUUCGUGACCUCCCGUGCUGCAGAGCUUCUCCAAGCAUCAGACGCAACCUCCCUCGCCAAUCUUCCGUCUUUCAAUCCUAAUGCUGAUUCGCCCAUACCCAAAGAAAAACGCACACCCGGUGUCGACCACGCCCGCAGCAUUCCUAUCAAGCGUGAUGCAGUCGGUGCGCCGCCUGCACCUCAACCACCUCCUCAACGACCAGGCGUCACUUCAACUGGCUCCUUCAACCGUCCCAAUGUUGUGAACCCACACCUUGACGCCAACCGCCGUAUUGGCAUGCCUGGUGCGCCAAACUACGCCAUGAGUCCUAGUGCGAACCGCGGCGCGUAUAAGCCACCUACAAUGAAUGCUGCUGGUCCCGCUGGUGUCAAGAGAGAAAGGCCGGCGCUACAGGAUGUCAGUAAUGUAGGAGCUAAUGGGGUGACGGGUAAUGAAGGUCCAGAUGCUAAAAAGCAGCGAGUUGAUGCGCCGCCGGGUGCUGAGAAUACUGGCGUCGCUAGUACGUAA